UCGUGGGGGAUUAUCUGUCAGUCUCACUCUAAAUAAUCGCUGUAAGGGAUAGCAUCAAGCAGCCACAUCCACCACGUUGACAAUAAGCCUCCCCCUCCAUAUCCACGUAGAUUCCCAGCAUCAACGGAAUCCUCCGUUCUCCUUUGAUAAUAAACAUCUCCAUCCCAAGUCCUCGACUUUAGAAUCCCCCUUUCGGCCGACACCGGGGAGCUCGGCUAUCGCUUCGAGACUAUUUAACGCCCUAUCUCCUUGAUAACGAUACUCUCCCCAUACCAAACAACAAUCCAAAGAAUAUAAAAGAAACAAAAAAUGACUCGAAUCGGCUGGUAUGGCCUUGGAUCCAUGGGCCUGGCAAUGGCCAGUAACCUGCAAAAACACCUCGUCUCCAAGAAGGCCCUGAAUAUGGUCUAUUCCAACCGUACGAUGGCGCGUGGGAACCCCCUCCAGGCCAUGGGCGCCGUCCCUGAGAUGAAUUUCGAGAAGCUCGUGGGUCAAUGCGGGAUUAUCUUCACCAUGGUCUCCAACGAUGCAGUCCUUCAGAGCCUAAUCUCCUCCGCUCUGGGAUCGGGACAGUCGCUUCGUGAUAAGAUCUUUGUCGAUUGCUCGACGGUUCAUCCGCAGACGGUGGGACUUACCGUGGCCAAAUUGAAGGAAAAGGAGGCCUCGUUUCUGUCGGCGCCCGUGUUUGGUGGGAAUCCGAUCGCUGUCGAUGGGAAGCUGGUCUUUGCCAUUGGAGGGCCGAGGAAGGCCGCUGAAGUGGUGAAGCCGUUGAUUCAGGAUGUAAUGGGUAGACGGGUGAUUGAUUGUGGUGAGGAUGCGACCAAGUCUUCCAUGCUGAAGAUUGCUGGAAACAUCGUCACGGUCAACAUGAUGGAAGCUGUCGGAGAAGCCCAGGUCUUUGCAGAACGCACAGGAUUAGGGACUGGUCCUAUGGAAGAGCUCAUCGGCGAGGCAUUUGGACCUGUAGCAGGUGGUUAUUCCAAGAGAUUGACAACCGGAGCCUAUGCACCACCUUUGGAUUCUCGUCCCGGAUUUGGGGUAUCCCUGGCCAUCAAGGACGCAAAACAUGCAUCCACCAUUGCUAAAGAACAUUCAGUCGAGCUCCCGGGUCUUCAGGUGGCUCAGGAGAACAUGGAGGCAGCGAGGGAAUACGGUGGAGAGUGCCUGGAUAGCAGCUCCAUGUAUGGAAUUCUGCGCCAGAAAGCCGGCAUGGAGUUUUGGAAUGAGAAGAGCAGAAAAGGAGGAUCAUAAACGAAGAAUAUAUAAACAUUUCGUAUUCAAAAAGGUGGUCGAUAAUAUAUAUUUAUUUGUAAAUAGUCACCAAAAGAAGAAAAACAUAGACUUGUAGUCCAGGAUACCAGCCUAACUUAUGUUCACCA